CUUUAAUAUAAAAAAUAAUAGGGUAAAACAUAUUUUCGCAAGAUGGUAAAAAUGAAAAAAACCCUUGCAAGUUAUUUAAUUGUUUGUAGCAGUUCAUUUUUCCUUGGGAUUCUUUUCAUUAGUUGGAUAGUGGAUCAUUUUACAUUUUGGAAGAAUCCAGCAACAGACCAAGCUCUUUUAAAUGCAGAAACAUAUUACUUAUUAUUAUAUCAAGCACCAUCUAUUCAUAAAAUCCUUUUACAUAUAUUAAUAUGUUUUGGCUUUUUUGCACAUGUCAUGAAACUUUAUGGAGGAAAUAAAAGUAAUCUAUUAUUUGAUAGUGGAAGUUUAGUUCUUUAUAUCGCAGGGAUUAUAAUUUAUAAUGUUUAUCUUAUUCAAGGCCUUGAAACUAUUUUCCAGCGUACUUAUAAUUCAUUUAAUAAAAUAGAUACAUUAAGAAUCUUAGCAGCAACACAUGUUGUAUUAGCACUUAUUUUAAUAGGUAUUCUUGUUUUACAAAGUAGUCAAUUUUGUGCAGAACAAACAGUUUUACAUUCAGAAACGUUAAGUAAACGUCCUAAGAAACAUUUACAAAGUAGUCGGCGCUUUUUGUACUAAAUGAAAAAAACAAAAUAGACCUUAAAAAUUGAAUUAAACAUUGAAA